CUAGACUCCCCUUUACCAAUCUCUUCCUCUCCCUCUUCUUCCUCCUCCUUUAACGACACCAGCCCAAAUAACCCGCCGCCAUCUAUUAGACUCAACCACAUCACCCUGAAAUUCGCUUCUCUCAACGAUCUAGCCCAUAUGUACCACGCCGCCAAAGCGGGUGGGGUGGAACCGCACCUCUGCCUUAAUCACGGGGUGACGGCGAGCUUGUACUACAAACUACAAGGAUCCAAAUGGGAACCAGAUUGA